GUUUGUAAUUUUUGCAUACACCAACCCAUUAAACAAAAUUUUCAAAAAAGUGAGAAUAGGGCUAUUAGAUCGAGUCACUAUUACUAUUAUCUACUUAUUCUCACUUAAUUUUACCAAUACUUGAAUUUUUUUCAGUACCACUGAAAAGAUAAUAAUAAUAAUAAUUUUCGCGCAUCUCACGAUGCACUUCUGACGUGUUUAAUAAUUAAAAACGUCCUUUGAUGAAGCUUUAAAUAACAGUGGUAAGUGCACUGUGUUUAUGGUUAAGCUAUACCCAACAAUUAUAUGUUUGCAGCUAAUAUAGAUCUACAGGUUCUACACCACAAUCUAAGGCCACAACAAUAGGAGUUCUGUUUCUGGUCAGGUUACUUCCCUGCUGGAUUUAAGAGUGCAAAGUUUUAAGUUAGGGUUACAAACACAGUGCACUUACAACACCACACCCUAAACACAUGCCCACAAGUCUAAACACUUUGUAAGCAUAAUUUGGUGACACUCAGUUUGCAAUAUGUGAGAACCCAUUCAGUUUGACCGUAUACACAACACCACUAGCUCAGCUCAGACAACACCCUGUUCAAGUUUUAUAAAAGUCUUCUACUCACACACACACAAACACUGACUUGACCAUCACUUUUGCAAACAUGGCGUCCAUUAUGAUGUUGAUUGCAGUUGUGCUGUCCUUUGUGUAUCUGAGCUCCGCUACCUACCUUUCUCCAUGCGGCCCCCCUGAUGCUCCAAGUUACGGAAGUUUCUACCCUCAGAAAAACUUCUACUCAAUCGGAACAGUUGUUAGGUUCUCUUGCAGAGAUGGCUUUUUGCUGAAAGGAUACAGUUUUACCAAAUGUAUCUACAGCCAGAGCCUAAGAAAGGCAGUGUGGAAGUUUGACACUCCAGUUUGCGGCAAGCGUAUCACGUGUCCUGAUCUUAUCGAUCCCCGAUAUGGAGAUGUAGACGUGACUGGAAAUACACCUGGAUCAAAGGCAACCUAUACCUGUGGCAGACGUUUCACCCUCGUGGGCAGCUCUACAGCAAAAUGCCAGUUCAACGGAAAAUGGUCCAGUGUUCCACCUGUUUGUAAACCAAUCUUCUGCCCCAAACUGACUCCUCCUGCAUAUGGUGCUGUGAAUGAUGGUAACAAUCGUGCCGGAACCAAGGCAGUGUACACCUGUAACGAUGGUUUUGAAAUAAGUGGGCAGAGCUCUAGGAAAUGUCAGCUGGAUAGUACAUGGAGUGGAAAAGCCCCAACUUGCAUAUUGAUCAAAUGCCCUAAUCUUGAGGACCCAGAGAAUGGAUUUGUGGAUGAUGGAGACAAUCUGGCAGGAACCAUAGCAAAGUACACCUGUGACUAUGGGUUCAAGUUGGUGGGAUCCAGCAAGAGACUCUGUCAGAAUUACGGCAGCUGGGCUGGGGAGGCACCUAUCUGCGAACAGAUCAAAUGCCCUGCAUUGAAGGAUCCAGAAAACGGAUCUGUGAAUGAUGGAGACAAUCUGCCAGGAACGAUAGCAAAGUACACCUGUGAUUAUGGAUUCAGGUUGGUGGGAUCCAGCAAGAGACUCUGUCAGAAUUAUGGCAGCUGGGCUGGGGAGGCACCUAUCUGCGAACAGAUCAAAUGCCCUGCAUUGAAGGAUCUAGAAAAUGGAUCUGUGGAUAAUGGAGACAAUCUGCCAAGAACCAUAGCAAAGUACACCUGUGACUAUGGGUUCAGGUUGGUAGGAUCAAGCAAGAGACUCUGUCAGAAGUAUGGCAGCUGGGCUGGGGAGGCACCUAUCUGCGAACAGAUCGAAUGCCCUGCAUUGAAGGAUCCAGAGAAUGGAUCUGUGGAUGAUGGAGACAAUCUGCCAGGAACCGUAGCAAAGUACACCUGUGAUUAUGGAUUCAGGUUGGUAGGAUUCAGCAAGAGACUCUGUCAGAAGGACGGCAGCUGGGCUGGAGAGGUACCUAUCUGCAAAGCUAUCAUCUGUCCUAAGCUGGAUGACCCUGAGGAUGGUCAGGUGACAGUCACUGGUCUAACUCCGUCCUCCACUGCCGAAUAUUCUUGUAACAAGGGAUUCACGUUGUUUGGAACGGCAAGGACAUGCCAGGACAAUGGAGAGUGGUCUGGAAAAGCACCUAUUUGUAAACGUGUGGACUGUGGCCGUCCACCCAAACCAAGCUACGGAAGUGUCAAGUUCUGGACCACUACACCUCGUUCCAAAGCAUUCUACGGCUGUUUUAAUGGCUACCAGCUGAGUGGUUAUGCAGUCCGAUUUUGCCAGGGUAACGGUUACUGGUCUGGACGUACUCCAUCAUGUACGAGGAGGUAUUAUUAGGACUCGCGAUCUACUGAACCACAUAUAAGAACUAUAAAUGAACUUUAAGAACAUAGUAUAUAAUUAUAGCUAUAUAAACUAUAGUAAACAAUCUUUUGCUGUAUAGUAAAUGUUCAUGAAGCUGAUUGUUAAUUGAGGCAUGUUGUUAUUGUG